AUGCUCACAAAUCCGGAAGAAAUCGCAAGACACGGCGGCACACAAAUCUAUACGGACGGCAGCAAAACAAGUACAGGAGUGGGCGCCGCUUGGACAGAAUGGAAAGAUGGAAUGGAAAUAAACAGCAAGAAAAUGAAGAUGGCGCCCCACUGCACAGUAUUUCAAGCCGAACUGAUGGCACUACGGAACGCGACUAGCCACGUAGAUAAAAACAAGCGCGACGUUAAAAUAUACAGUGACUCAAAGUCAGCACUAGAUGCUAUUGUGAGUGGACGAUCUCUCGAUCCCCAGGUAGCCGAGAUCCGCCGGAGCCUGGAAGAGUGCCGGAGAACAGGAACUCAUAUAAGCCUCUUCUGGAUAAAGGCGCACGUUGGUACGCCGGGGAACGAGAGAGCGGACACAUUAGCAAAAGAAGCGUCGGAAAAACUAAGGUCAGAACCUGAAUACGCUGCAUACCCCCUGUCAUAUAUUAAACAUCAGAUAAGGCAAAGGACUCUGGAAGUAUGGAAUGAGCGCUACCUGGGGGGUGAAACAGCUGGAACUACAAAAUUAUUUAUAGGCAAUGUUAAAACUGCGUAUAAAUUGGUAAAAGAGAAGCGUUUCACACCCCAGAUGGCGCAAAUUCUAACAGGGCACGGAGCCUUUGCAUAUUACCUGCACAGAUUUAAAAUUAGGACAAGCCCAACAUGUGCCUGCAGUGAUGAAGAGCAAACAGUGGAACAUGUGCUUCUACACUGCCCUAUAUUCGCAUCGUCCAGGCACGACCUGGAGCAACAAAUACAGAUGACUGUAGACCGUAACGGCCUACAGGACAUAUUAAUAAAGCACAGACCGUGCCUGGAACGGUUCUGUGAAAAAAUAGUUGUAUAUAUAAAGGCGGCAAAUAAAACAGAAAGAGCGGGUCUCGCGGGGAAUUGCGCCCCGGCUCGCCCAUGA